AUGGGUAGCGCCGUAGCCGAGAAGACGGAGGAAGAGCUCCGGAAAGAGAUCGAAGAGCUCCAGCGCCAAGAGCAGGAGAUUGCAGAGAGGCUUCGUCCUCGUAGGGGUAUUCGCCGGGGAGGCUUUUUGGGCCCUGGUCCUCGGAAUUUCGCUGUCAAUGGCAAUCGCCAGCGCGGCUUUGUUCGACCCGCUGAAAGGACGAAAUCCGAAGACCAACCCCCAGCCAAAAGGCGGCUGUCUUCGGCUGUUGUUAAGCUUGAGGAUGGGGAGAUAAUUGAGGACGCUGCGGAGGCCGUGGAGGAAGCGAAAAAGAAGGAUUCAACUGCGGAAGGAAGUGCUGAAGCUGUCAAUGCAAGCCAGAGUGAGAAAAAGCAACCCGGUUGGUUUAGGAGUGAUGGCAAUCACAAACCAUCUAAGAUGGACCUGGAAAUACCUCCGAGAGUGCAUUUUCCGAGGGUAUUGCCUAAGAAUGAGGACCCGAGUUUGGUUAAUAGGAAUAAAAGAAUGCUGGGUCAGCUCUUGGGGACAUUGGAGAAAUUCAGGAAAGAAGACAUGAAACUUUCUGGCACAGAGGCUUACAUGCGGAGGUCAGAUUCUUUGAAAAGAGCUGAGCAAAGAGCACGUGAAGAAAGUGAAAAGCUGAGGCAACAGCAACGUGAACAACUUGCAGAAAAGCGGAAGAGAGAUCUGACUCUACGAGCACGUGUUGCUGCUAAGGCAGAAGAAAAGGAGUUGGAAUUGCUGUUUCUUCGGUGGAGUGAGCACCACAAAAAACUUGGCAGUUUUACCAGGUAAAUCAUACACCAAACUUCUUUUCUUUUUGGCAGUAAGUAGAUAAUAAUUUAUUCUGAAAGGAAAGAUAACAGCAUGAUCGCUCAGUAGAUGCCCCCGAGCUAGGCAAACAAGGGAACGAAUCUCAGAAUUUUGAGGCUUUACAAACUUGACCCAACGGAAAAUUAAGAUGGUUAAAUCUUCAAAUUGGGUGCGAAAUUUUGUUUCAUCUGCUGUGCUGACACUCCCCCCCCCCCCCCCCC